AUGUCUGGGGUUGGAGGAAGGAAGGAAGGCAGCAGGUACAGGAUGGCUCCUGCCUCCAAUACCCCGUUUUCCUCUCACGGUUACCGCUGGGAUGGCAACAAUAAAAGAGAGAAGGCUGAAAACCCUCAGAAGCUGACAGCACCCGAAGACGAGCAAAGCGGCCAAGCAGCAGCCUGCCAACAACAAGAAGAACAGCAUGUCGGACCAUAUGUCUUGAUAACUCCAGAUGAAACCAGAAGAAACCAGUUGCAGCAAAUUGCUAAGAAAGAGCUAGAUGACCUGGAGCGAUGGAAGGAAGAGCACAGGCCAGGGCCAAUUAAGUUGGAUCCACAGAGACUGGGUGGAAAGGAAUCAGAGGCUCAAGCAAGGCAAAAACAGCAAAUGAUGCUCAUGCAAUCUAAAUACCAGCAAAAGCACAAGAGAGAAGAAUACGUAAAAGCAAAGAAGGCAGCUGAAGAAGCUGAAAUCAUGAAAAAGAAAGCAAUUCAGAGAGAAAAGGCAGAGAGACUUGAAGUUAAAAAAAGGCAACAAGAAAUGCAAAGAAGAGAGAUGUUUCUUGAAAAUCAAUAUUACAAAACCAAUGAAUUAUUGAACAGAUUGGACUUGGGCUUGCCAAAGAGUGAUUCCUGUCAGAUUGCUAAUCGUGGCCCAGAAUCUACAGUAUGGACUAGGAGCCAUACUUAUAAGCAAGCUCUUCGAGAGGAUGAAAACAGAAGAUUAGAGGAAAUGAAGCAAGAACAACGGAGGAAGGCUGAAUUAAUGGAAUUUAAACAAAGGCAGGAAGAGGAAGCCAGGACGAGAGCACGUCAAAACGAACAGAGGAGGGUAAAUAAUGCUUUCCUGGACCGACUCCAGAACAAAACGCAACCUAAUACUGUCUGCCAACCUGGAUGUUCUGGAAGUCUGGAGCACCUCAGUAAUAACGCCUGGAUGAAUGCCAGGAAGAUUUGUGUUCAAGCAUCUGCGAAGUCAAGGCAUGAUAAAGAAGCAGAUAUUCUUGCUGCUGGAGUUUUCCAGAUACUGGAACUGGAAGGAAGAGUGUCUUAA